AGUAACGAAUUAAGAUGGCGAUACUGAUUCCAUAGCGACAUGAUAGGUGAAUGAAAGUAGCGAAUAGCGACAAAGGUCACACUCUCACUCACACUAUCGUCGUUUCUCGUGUAUGUAAAUGGUAUUGCGAGUGUGGAUUAGUUUCAUCGUCUGAUCAAAACGGUUUCUUGCGGUUAGUGGAUGUAGGUUUGGACUUUGGAGUCAGAGUGGUUGCCGAUAACACGUGAAGUGGUCCUCUGAGCACUGAACUGUUGUUGAUUCUAAUUUACAGACUAUUGAGAACAUGGACUUAGAAGGUAGUGUAAAGGAUUCAGUGGUUACUCAGAUUAGCAUCGGUGGAUUUGAUAGUGAGAUCAAAGCUAGUGAUCUUGUGAAGUACUUGGAGACUAAAAUUGGAAUGGUAGACAGGUGUCGAUUGAAGACUUCUUGUACCCCUCCGGAGUCUUAUCCGGAAUUUAAUAUAAUUGAUACUGCACAGAUUAAAAAAUCGGAUGACUAUAAGAAGGUGGAGCCUCACGCCUUUGUGCAUUUUGCAUCUCAUGCAUCUGUGACUGCAUCCCUGAAUGCUUCAGGUUGUUGUGAUCUAUUUUUGAAUAAUAAACCCUUGAAGGUUAGCUGUGGGCCCGAAAAUCCAUACUUCCUGAACCAAAGGAGGAGAACUACAAUUCCUUUUAAGAUGUCUGAUGUACUUGUUGAAAUUGGGACUUUGGUUAGCCCAGGGGAAUUUUUUGUUGCUUGGAGAGGACCUGAUAAAGGAGUAAAAUUUCUAGUGGAUCCAUUUGAUGGCAUGUGCAGGCUUUGUUUCAGUAGAGAUACUGCAUUCUUAUUCAAAGGAGUAGAAAAAAAAGUAGUGAUAAAGUGUGAUUUUCAGGUGGGGUUCCUGGUUAGAGACAUUAAUGAGAUUAGGAGAUACAAUGAUACAUCGUAUCUUGUUGUUUUAUUACACCUAGCUUCUUCACCUCUGGUUUGGUACAGAACUGCCGAUGAUGACAUUGUAGAGUUAGUACCAUUUGAUUUGCUGGAUGAUGAUGAUCCUUGGAUUAGGACCACUGAUUUUACACCUAGCGGGGCCAUUGGUCGAUGCUCUUUUUAUAAAAUUUCAAUCCCGCCUCGUCAUGGUGCAAAACUGAUGAAGGCCAUGCUUUAUCUGAAAGGUCAACGAGUGCAAGUGCAAGAUCUUCCACUUAAACAGACACUUAGGACAGUGAAUGAACCUAAUUUUGGGGUGCCCAUGUCAGAUGCGUUCUUCUACAUAGAAUUUCAGGAGGGCAUUCCUUUUGACAUAAUGUUUUUAGUCAAUGCUAUUGUACAUAAAGGCAUAUUCAAUCAGCACAGGUUGUUGGAUAGGUUUUUUGAGUUGCUGAGAAAUCAACCAAGGGAGCUCAAUGUGGCUGCCCUAAAGCAUUUAUGUUCUUACAAGCGUCCAGUAUUUGAUGCAACUAAGAGGUUAAAAACAGUCCAAGAAUGGUUGCUCAGAAAUCCAAAACUUUAUCAGAGCUCUAAACAGUUGGAUGAUAUUGUUGAGGUUAGAAGAUUGGUUAUUACUCCUUCAAAAGCUUAUUGUAUACCCCCAGAAGUUGAAUUGUCCAACAGGGUUCUGAGAAAAUUCAAAGAAGUUUCAGAUUGUUUCUUGAGAGUUGCCUUUAUGGAUGAAGGCAUGCAGACAAUGAAUAUGAAUGCUCUUAACUAUUAUGUUGCUCCUAUAGUGAAGGAAAUCACAUCAAACUCUUUUCCACAGAAGACAAAAAUAUAUAAAAGGGUGAAGACUAUCUUGGAAGAGGGAUUUCACUUUUGUGGCCGAAAAUAUUCAUUUUUAGCCUUUUCAUCCAAUCAACUUAGGGAUCGUUCUGCUUGGUUUUUUGCCGAAGACAAGAACAUAAGAUGUGAUGAUAUACGAAAUUGGAUGGGCAAGUUUAAUCAGAGGAAUGUUGCAAAAUGUGCUGCUAGGAUGGGACAAUGCUUCUCAUCUACUUAUGCAACUGUUGAAGUUGGUGCUGUUGAAGUUAACUCUAUGUUACCUGACGUUGAGAGGAAUAAUUAUGUUUUCUCUGAUGGUAUUGGUAUUAUCACUCCUGAUCUAGCCAGGGAAGUUGCAGAAAAAUUGAAAUUGGACAAUGUACCCUCUGCUUACCAGAUCAGAUAUGCCGGUUGUAAAGGGGUUGUAGCCUCUUGGCCUGCUAAAGGGGAUGGUGUCAAGCUUUCUUUGAGGCCUAGUAUGAACAAGUUUCAAUCUACUCAUACUAUCUUAGAGAUCUGUGCUUGGACCAGGUUUCAGCCCGGUUUUCUUAACAGGCAGAUUAUAACAUUGCUUUCAGCAUUAGAAGUGCCCGAUGACAUAUUUUGGCAAAUGCAGGAAGCAAUGCUUUUGAAGUUAAAUCAAAUGCUUGUGGAUGCAGAUAUCGCUUUUGAUGUUCUCACCAAAUCAUGUGCUGACCAUGGAAAUGCUGCAGCAAUAAUGUUAAGUUGUGGCUUCAGUCCCCAAACAGAACCUCAUCUUAGAGGUAUGUUAAUUUCUACACGUGCUGCACAGCUUUGGGGACUUAGAGAAAAGUCCAGGAUUUUUGUAUCAUCUGGGCGAUGGUUGAUGGGUGUCUUAGAUGAGUUUGGCGUGCUUGAACAAGGGCAGUGCUUUGUUCAAGUGUCAACUCCUUCUCUUGAAAAUUGUUUCUCAAAGCAUGGUUCAAGGUUUUUAGAGACAAAGAACCUGCAUGUAGUUAAAGGUUUUGUGGUUAUAGCCAAAAAUCCUUGUCUUCAUCCGGGAGAUGUAAGAAUUUUGGAGGCAGUUGAUGCCCCCAAUUUACAUCAUUUAUAUGACUGUCUUGUUUUCCCUCAAAAGGGUGACAGACCCCAUACAAAUGAAGCUUCUGGAAGUGACCUUGACGGGGAUCUAUAUUUUGUCACAUGGGAUGAAAAUCUUAUACCACCAAGUAAGAGGAGCUGGAUACCUAUGGAGUACGCCCCUCAAGAAAGCAAACUUCAAACUCGUCAAGUCACUACCCGGGACAUCAUAGAAUUUUUUGUCAGAAACAUGGUAAAUGAAAAUUUGGGUGCAAUCUGCAAUGCACAUGUGGUACAUGCUGAUUCCAGUGACUAUGGUGCCUUGGAUGAGAAAUGCAUACUCUUGGCUGAGCUAGCGGCCACUGCUGUUGAUUUUCCAAAGACCGGUAAGCUUGUUACCAUGCCUUUUCAUCUGAAACCAAAACUGUACCCUGAUUUCAUGGGGAAAGAGCAGCAUCAAUCUUACAAGUCAAAGAAAAUACUGGGUAAACUUUACCGGCGUAUCAAAGAUGCUUAUGAUAAAGAUAUUGAUGCAGCCGAUUUGAACUUUGUGACUGGUGAUAUACCAUAUGAUAAAGAUCUCGAGAUUCCAGGAUCUGCUGAUUUUAUUGCUGAUGCAUGGGAUAAAAAAUGUUCGUAUGAUGGCCAGUUAAGUGGGCUACUUGGUCAAUAUAAAGUAAAAAGAGAAGAAGAAGUAGUUACUGGACAGAUCUGGUCCAUGCCAAAAUACAAUAGUAGGAAACAAGGGGAGCUUAAGGAGAGGCUGAAGCACUCAUACAGUGCCCUGAAAAAAGAAUUUAGGUACGCAUUUGAGAAAUUGAAUUCAGAUGUUGGAGAAUUAAGUGAGGAUGAAAAACAUUUGUUGUAUGAACAGAAAGCUUCGGCCUGGUAUCAGGUGACAUAUCAUCCCAAAUGGGUGAAAAAAUCCCUUGAUCUGCAAGAUAACUCCCCAGAAAACCAAGGGGCUAAUGGUUUGGGAAGUAUGGUGAUGUUGAGUUUUCCUUGGAUUGCAGUUGAUUACCUAGCUCGCACAAAGAUAAGGCAUCAGCGUCAGAGAUGUGGGAAUUUUGAUUCAACUAAGCCAGUUGAUUUACUGGCAAAGUUUCUGUCUGAAAGGUUAUAAUUCUUGAGUUUCCUCUUGGCGACAAGGCCUCUCUGCCAUUCUCAUAUGUUAACGGUGAACUUGUGUUGUAUAUCCCUCGUAAACUGCUUUACUUUUUUUCUUGUAAUUAUGUUUGUUCCCAAGUCACGAAUCGCUUUUACUCUCGAGUUUUUCAUACUGUAAUUGACAGAAUGUUUUACUGGUCUUUUGUUGUGGAUGUGGUUAUAGACUUAUUAUUAAAUUAUGGAUUCUGAGCUUUUUAAAUGUUCUCCAAACAAUGGUGAAACUAUUAUUGAGAUCUGUGUGUAACAUUCAUACAUAUUUUAAGCAAUUGUGAAAUUAUU